AUGGAUUUGGAGAUUAUGAUAAAAAAGAAAAAGAGGAUCGUGGAUGACCAGCCGAAGAUCAGGUGGGGUAGUCUGACUCUGUCUAGUACCCAGGAGAUGGGAGAUAAGCUGAUGGCUAUGGGGGCUUGGGAGAGUAGGGGGGACACGAGCAGUAUGUGGGAUAGGACGGACAGUUGCAUUAGGGAAGCAGCUAGAGAUGUACUGGGAGUCUCGAGAGGUCGCCGUGGUGGGCAACGAGGGGACUGGUGGUGGAAUGGAGAAGUCCAAGGGAAGGUGGAAGCAAAGAAGGUGGCGUACGCGAAGUUGGUAGACAGCAAAGACGAUGAGGAGAAGCUGACGAAUAGGGAAAGGUAUAAGAUUGCGGGAAAAGAAGCGAAGUUGGCUGUUUCGGCGGCAAAACGGAGUAUAAAGGUGGAGGAGGUUAAGGGUGCCGUUCGUAGGAUGCACAGGGGAAGAGCGACCGGGCCUGACGAGAUUCCUGGGGAGUUUUGGAAGAGUACAGGCAGGGCAGACGGUGAAGAUGCUCUAGGAAUGGAGGUGGAGUAUGAUGGUUCCUUUGUACAAGAACAAAGGUGA